AUUAUACAGAAAACACUUUUACGACAAAUCAUUUGGAGGAAAUGAACGCAACCGAUAACUCUCCAACUUCCGGCUUCAAUGCAGUUGCAGUUGGACCAAGCAAUGCUUUUGAUGACGGAGAAAUGGAUAUUGACUCAGCUCUUGUCAGCCUGGGAACUGAAAUGGUAGCUGACAUCACGAAAAACUCUUCUGCUAUCACUAGUUAUCAUAAUCCUUCCUCUGAGACAGAUAACAAUGGUUAGCACUUCGCUCAAUACGUUUUUGCGUCGGCUGCUGACUAUUUUCUUAGGCUGCCGCAAAUCCGAUCAUCUUUGGUGCUGUGGUCGAUGGUUUGAAAAUAAAAAGGGUACAUAUAGUUUUCGAAAACAUCUGCGGACGCACAACCCGGAACUAUCGUGCAUGGCCCCCAUUGAAAGCUGCAAUAAAAAGUUCAAGAUGUUUUCAACCAUUAAAGAGCUAAAUAAGCAUUAUCGAUCGAGUCACAGACUUUGGGCAGACGCAAAUGGCAUUCCAGACCCAAGCUGUUUUUGCGAGGCAUGUGGAACGACGUUCACCAGGCCUGAUAAUAGGCGCAGGCAUUUAAAAAAUCUUAACUUUUCAAAGUGUGCUGAAACGAUCGAACAGAUGGAAAACAACGAUUUUUGAGUUAUGAUUGUUAUCUAAGAAUUAAAAUGUCGGAUUUUUUUCCUUUUGUCUUUCGUUUUUAUGAGGAGAAAA